AUUAUUCUCCCCUCUUUCUUUCUCUCGUAUUUUCACCUUCCAAACAAAACAAUGGACGCAACCGUCGAUCACUACACCGUUCUAGGGUUACCUUCCGGCGAAGAAGGCGCAAACCUAACCGAUAAAGAUAUCAACAAAGCUUACAAAUUCAAAGCUCUUGAACUUCAUCCUGACAAAAGACCCGACGAUCCCAACGCCGCUUCCAAUUUUCAACAACUUCGAACUUCCUACGACAUUCUCAAAGAUCAAAAAGCUCGCAAACUAUUCGACGAUUUUCUUCGCGUUAAACGCGAUAAUCAACGCCGUCAAGCUCACCGUGAUUCUCAGCGUGAUGGAAAACGCCGCAAACUGGUUUCCGAUCUUGAAAGGAGAGAACGCGAUGCUUUUUCUCCUGAUCCUGCUGCAAAGGGGAAGGAAGAAGAGGAUAGGAUUGCUAAGCAGCUUAAGGAUGAGAUUGCUAGGAUUCGUGCUAUGCACGCUAAGAAAGUUGUGCCUGGUUUUGAUUCCAAGAAAGAAAGUGGUGGUUCCGGUGGUGGUGGAGUUGAUCAAGAGAAGGUUUUGAAAGUUUCUUGGGAGAAGAUUGGUGAAGAUUAUUCGGUGGAGAAGCUGAGGGAAUUGUUUUCAAAAUUUGGUGAAGUUGAAGAUGUUAUCAAAGGCAAUAAGAAAAAGGGUUCUGCACUUGUUGUUAUGGCUACUAAACAAGGAGCUCUUGCUACAAUUGGAAAUGUGAUUGGCCAUCUUUCUAAUCCAUUGUUGGUUUUACCUCUUAAACCUGCAAUGGCUGCAGAUUCUUGGGGUGGUUCAAAGUCUAUCGAGCGUGAAACACCGAGUAAACUAUUUGGAGCUGGUUUUCAAGCUUUUGAGGAUUGCGUUCUUGCGAAACUGCAAAAGGCUGCAGCAAAGCAAGCCAAAGGUGACUAGAAUGGACUGUUUGGAAUGGUCAUCGCAGAUUCGCUGAUUUUAAUUCUAGGAUUCUGCAACCUGUGGUGAUAUGAUUCAAUUCAAGGAAGCCUCCUUUCGAUGAAAACCAUAAACUGGAACUUUAGGAGGUGUGGUUUUAGUCUAGCCUUGGGUCUAUCACAAAUGUUGUUUGGCUGCAAAAAAGAGAGAACAAAUGCUAACUGAUGGAAUGAAUUCAGAGACCAGUGGUUCCCAUGAUGGCAUAAAACAUUGAACGUUAAGUGUCAAUAUACAUACAAGUCAUGUGUUCUGGGUCAGUUUGGAAUUCCUUGUGUUAUCUGUAUGCAACACUAACAUGUGAGUUGAACACUCAGAUUAAGUCUAAAAUUCCAAGAUAAAUCAUUUGGGGAAUUUGGAAUCCAGCAAAGCUUACUCCCAACACAAAGGACCAUAAUUGCAGGCAGACUUGGAAUUGGACAAUAAAGUGUUACUAUAGCUUUAGAGAACGUGCCUCCAACCUGUAGAAUAGAUUCUAUCAUGCUCAAUGAUUGUUCCAUUAACAAGUACUGUUGUAUGCUUGUUGUUUUGUGUGUGAUACUCCUAUGCACUAUUAUCAUUAUUAGUAAUUUAUGGGCACAUACACCAAAUAGUACGAAAAGAUGCAACACCAAGACAGGCAAUAAUAACCUUACAAACAAACUAUAAAAGUAGAGAAAAUAUAUUGAUCAAAGUGCACAAAUAGUGAGUCCACUUCAUUCUACCUAACCUAUGUAGUAUCUCUUGAGCCUUGAGGUGGCUGGCUAGGUCUUUCAUACGGCGGACAUUGACAUGCUUGUCUAGAGUAUUGAUGUAGUAGAAUUUGACAGCUGUUUAGUGACUCAUUAAAAGUCUAUUAACGUGCAAUGCAUUUUUCCCAUAAAA